UCCCGGGUUGGCGGGGGACAUGCGGGGCGUCUGUGCUGGCUGCAGCUCGGGGCCUCUCUCCCCUUUGGGCUGCAGGCCGCUCGCUCCCUCAUCCUCCGUCCGGCUGCACCGGGAGCUGGCGAAGCCGAGGGCAGGAACCGCCGCGUGUAAAUAAAUCAAGGAGAUCCUCGGAGGGCUGAGGCGAUCAGUCCAAAUCCGAUUGUUCUCAGCGGGACCGGUGCCAAAGGUGGUCCCAGGACAGCCCACAGCCUUCAGAGGCCUUGGAGCAUACACGAGCUCACACCAGUCCAUACAGUUUCUUGAAGGGUUUCUGAGAAUGAGUUGCAGUUUUAGAAGUUUCUCCCAUUUUUAAACUGGACUAAUGAGGAAAAUGCCUACUCCAGUUCCGGAACUGUGGAACUACCUCCCAGAAGAAAUUCUCAUCCAAAUUUUCUAUUAUCUUUCUCUUCAAGACAGAUACUCAGUCUUCCAGGUGUGCAGACAGUGGGCUACAGCUGUUUCUUCUGGCUCUGUUUGGCAUUUCACAGAGAUCAGCUGUGACUCAGAGGAUGAGGAAGGCAUGCUGCAAAGCCUGCUCCAGUUCCUCAGCCAGGUCAAACACCUGAAGAUUGUGUUUGACCAGUCGAAGGCGGUCAACCGGAAGAACGUGGCACACAUCUUGGAUGUGUUGGCAAAAGAGAACCAAAAACUGCAGCAGCUGUGCAUUGUGUGCCAUGGGGAGAACCCUUAUUUCUACUCUGGCCAGGACAUCCUACAGAGCAUACGGAAUUUAUGUGAAACUAAAAACCAGAUAGAUCUUCAGCAUAUUGAUUUUCGACAAAUGCCCUUCACUCUUGAUGGGGAGCUUGUUGAACUCAUAGCUACCACCAAUCCAAACCUGCACAGUUUGUUUAUCAACAACCACACCCUGGUAUGCAAUGUGACACCAGACACCCUUAGGAAAGUUCUCAGGGCAUGUCCCAGGCUCACAGCUUUGGGGGUUUACUAUGCCAGUUUGUCUGACAGUGUGUUUCAGGAACUGCUCAAGCCUGGGAGAGCAGCUUUCACCCAUUUAGACAUUUUCUGUGAGCGCCUGGACAAAUACAGCCCAGUCAUCUCAGAAGAGCUCUGGUCUGCUGUAAGUCAAAAGCAUCCUCAACUCUGUGUCGACCUAGAGUUUGAUCACACAGUCCCUGCCUGCAAAAUACCAGGAAUCCUCAAGGUGAAUAUACCUGUGAGCACCCUGCAACUUAACACUUAUAAUUACAUGGUAAAUCAGAUAAGGUUUGUCACCCAGAGCUACAGCAGUACCUUGAAGAAGCUAAUGCUGCAAACCACAUCCUCGGAGGACUUAAAUUCCUCCUUAGUGGAUCUGGCCAGGCAGUGCAGAAAUCUGCUGGAGAUCCACUGCUACUGUGUGGUCAGUCAGGAGGUGGUAGAAGCGUUCCUCAUACACUGCCCUAGGCUGAAACGGUACACUCUGAAGAUCACCAAGGAAAGACACCCCUGGAAACCAGUAACUGUUCAGUGACCACCUCCUACUGACCCCCUGGGACACCUGUGGGGAUCUGCAAGAGGACAGGGGAAGAAGAUAAGGGGCUGUAAGGAAAAAGAACUUUAUAAUGGAGAGCAUGUUGUUUCCCCAAGCACAGGCUGUUGCCUAUGAUGCACCCCUGUUUGCAGACCAAGCAUUUAUAUUCAAAUGUGACAGACAGAGGGUUGUAAAGAGAAACAGGAUUGCCCUUUUUUUCUUUCCUUUCUUUAUUGGGCUGUGGACAGCAGGUCUUUUCUUCUCUCCAUCUUUAUUUAGCAGUAGCAUGAAUGCCAACUUAGCCCUGCAUGGGUUUUUACUGAGGAUGUUGCCAAAAUUUAGUUUUUAUUUUAAAUUUUAAAAGCACCUCAAAGUCAAGCACCCAGCAACUACUGAAUUAAUUUGGCAAGUGGCAUAGCCAUCUUCUGCCAAGUGAAUUGCUUAGCUUUGCAGAUUCAGUGAGCUAUCCCAAGGAUCUGUGGACAUCUGAUGGAAUAUCAACUCUCACCUUGAUAAUUCCUAUUUUGGCAUUUCAGUGAUGGUGAAUUUGCCAGAUAUCCAGUUGUCAGGUAGCUUCUAGCUUGGAGGAAUGUAACAGGAAUUAUUAUGUUAUUAUAUAUGCUGAAUGAUGUUGUGAAAUACCAGUUGGAGAAAAAGCACUUGAGGAAAAGCAUUUACAAGAUAGUAAUAAAAGGCACAAGGCCUGCAAGCUGGCAAGAUGGACAUCUGGUGUUUCUGUUGGUCAGAAAUGAAGACCUUUGCUUUCAUUACACUGUUGGCACUUCUUAUACUAUUAAUACUUAGGAGAGUAUUAAUAGGUGUUGCAUUUGAUACCUGCCUUCAUGUGCAAGUUACCUUGCAUCCCAAUUAUGGUGUGAGUUGAUCUGUUAUACCAAAAUUUUUGUUGAAUGUUAUUGGAAGUGACAAUUUCUGAUUUGAAAUGAUCCUAGCAUAAAGCUAUAAUGCCAUCACCUAUUUAGA